GCUAACUUAAAUGUUGCAUUCUGAGGCAAAUUUUGAGUGCAAAUCCUGGGCACAGGAGUACACCCUGAACAUAAUCGAUGAGUCUUUUCUUUUUUAAAAAAAAAAUUCUGGUGGGAAGGGAUCAAGCCUUUAAACUCUUCUUUUGAGAAACCGGGAGUGGGUGGAGCAGGCAGUUGUUAUACAACCCUGUGGCAUUCAGUUUGCUUUCGAAAGUUGCCUCACUUCCACGCAUAACGACUGCUUGUCCAGCUGUGUUCGUAGUCUGGUACAGCCAGCCCAGCAACUGAAAGAUGAGGAUUCCUGUUCAUGCCUACGAUUAGACUCAAGGUUGCUGCACGGCAGAGCCAUGAAGAAAGAAGUCUUGGCCAAGCCACCGAGCAACUGUUGACAUCUGCAUCCAAGUUCCUUCCGUGAUCCUGCCUUCCGUGACUUCCCUUGUUCUCACCUCAAGAGGCAGAGACCCACCAACAGAAUAGUAACUUAGUUCCGGCACACUCACAAUGGCCUCCAUCCGAGAGGUAUCCCGCAUUGCGGAAGAUCUCCUGUGCCCCGUCUGCCUCUCCAUCUUCCAGGACCCCCGCAUGCUAGGCUGCGGCCACAACUUCUGCCUGUCUUGUUUGGAGAGCUGCAUCUCCUCCAAGGGUCGGCAUGAGGGAUCGUGCCCAGAGUGCCGAAAACCCUUCAGUCUUCAAGAAGCUGCUCACAACAGAGUCUUGGCCAACCUGUCUGAGAAGGCUCGGCUGCUCAAACUAGAGGGGCCUGGUGGGACGGGGAGCUGGUACUUCUGUGAGGAACACGAGGAGCCACUCAAACUCUUCUGCAGCCAGGAUGAGGCCCCUAUCUGUGUGAUCUGUCGGGAUCUGCCUCAGCAUCAGAGUCAUAGUUUUUUGCCUAUCAAGAAUGCUGUGAAAGUUUACCAGGAGAAACUGAAGGCAUCUCUGGAGCCCCUGGAGGAUGGGGUAAAGCGAGCCACAAGUAACCAGUCUCGCCAAUUGGAGACAAUAGAAGAACUGGAGAGUCUUCACCAAAAUCUGUGUGGCUCGAUCUUCAUCGCAUUUGAAGAACUCCGUGAAAUCCUGAACGAGAAAGAGCAAGCCAUGAUGGAAACGGUGAAACAGAUGAAGGAGGACAACCAGGCAGACAUGGAAAGCAGGCUGGAACAUUUGAAAGCCCGCGAGUCCUCUCACACGGAGACCCUUGGUCGCAUCCAAGCCACGCUGGAAGAAACCAAUGAAUUCGCUUUCCUGAAGGACAUCAAGGAACUGAUGAGACAAGUCCAGGAUUGUCUAAGAGAAGAGAGUGAAGAAACAGGAAGUGAAGAUAUACAGGGGCCCAAGGAAGGUGAAGAGGAUGAAGAUAAAGAAGCUGAGGGAAAUGAGGCUGAAUGUAAGGGGGAUGAAGACAUCCCUGGUGAAGGGGAAGUAUAUGGUGAAGAAACCCAUGAUACCACAGAGGAUGAGGAUGGCACUAUCAUACCUGUGGACCCAGCCCUCAGAGAGCUGGAAGUGUCACUUGAUUUUGAGGCCUGGAAGGAAAUGUUGGGAAGCAUCAGUAUCGAGACCUGUGUCCUAGACUUUCCUUACUACUCUCCACCUCAAGGGGAGAACAUGUUCCUGUCUGAAGGCAUUUCUGAUGGAGCUAAAGAAGAGACAGCAGUUAGGGAGGAAUCCGGCAGUACCACAGAAAUUGGCACCUCACUUCCCGGUGAAGGUUCCCUUGAUAAACAAAUGCCUUUGUCCAGCAGCAUCUGUGCUGGAUCUCCAACUGUGGAGAGCACCCCUUUUAAGCCACCGCUCUGCUUUCCACCUUUCCCUGUUCCUGUCUUCGAGCAGUGGCCCAUUUUCUCUAACCUUUCAGUCCGAGGAGGAAUGACCGGGUACCAAUGGACACCCCAUUCCAGACGGGGCCAUGGCGUCAUGUCACAAGGCAGGGGGUCCCCACAGAGGCAGCCGCCUUGUUCUUCUGUGGGACAAGGCAGAGGAUAUUAUCCAAACGCACAAAGAUUCCAGGUCAGUGCAGGCAAUUAUGGGCAUCAAGGGAACUGGAGAUCCCCCAGGAAUGAGACGACCCAGCUCAGAGGAGGUUAUGCCAGGAGGCGAGGGGGUGGUUCCAAUCAGCAGAGACCUCAGUCCACCGGAGGGGAUACAUCUGGACAAAGCGGAGGAGACUUCAUAAAGCAAAAUCAGCCCAAAUCCAGAGGGGUUCAUGUUUCAGGGCAAGAAGGGGGACGAGUUAAUAACCAGGACCCUCAGUCUGGCAGAAGUACCAGCUCAGGUGACAGCAAAGGGGAAUCCACAAGUAAACAACCCUUCACACCCAGGGGAGGUUACACCGCAAGACGAGGAGGUUCAGGACGAAUCCAAGGAUCUGCAAAGACACCACCGGCCCCGCAGAAAGAGGGAGAAACCAUUUCAGGAACCAAAGGGUCUCCAAACACAGCUCAGUCGUCCCGCCGGAAAGGCCGUGGCCGUGGCUCUGGAUCGACUAAGAAUAAGUAAACCCCUUCCUUUCCAUUUUUCACUCAGCGUGACUGCCGAGAGAUGAGAUGUUUCCAGGUGUGGGAGAAAGUCUCACAGAAUCUGGCCUUUAGUUUCAUUGGAUGUGCAUGAAUUGUGUGGCUUGUUGUAAUGACUCAUCCUCAGUUCUUAAGAGUUGCAGUGUUUUGUUUAUUUUUCAGUUUAGAUGAUUAAUCUGUUAAGAGUAAUCCGAGGUGGGAAAUAGGCAGCCCUCUUGAGUGUGGCUGUAACUCCCAGCAGCCCCAGCUAGCACAGCCUAUGCCAGCAGGAUGGGAGUUGCGACCCAACAACACCUGGAUGGCCCCAUGUUCCCCAUCCUUGAAUUAAUUUGUUCAAAUGAAUAGACGAAACCCCUUCCAAUGCCUUUGAAUUAUUAGUGAGCUUUUUAGAAAAGGUAACUAUUUCUAUUGAUGAGAAAUUCAGUGUUGGGUGCCUUGCGAGAAUUUGCUUUUGUUUGCUUUUCUCUAUCAUAGCUAGAAAGGCUUUGUCUAAACAUGUUAUCUCUUGUGAAGUGUGUAUCACUAAAAAAAAAAAGAAAACCAAUUAUCUUCCCAUUAUAUUUAACUAGAAAGACUAAAGAUUGAAGCACUACUAUGAAACAAUA